ACAACACGACGGUAUCAAAGCUGUUUUUAGGAGACUGUGUAUGUAAUGUUGUUCUCUCUUUUUUAAGCUAUCGUUAGAAGCUUUCCGUCAUCAUCAAGUUUUGUUCUAUUGCAUGUUUUAAUCAAUGGAAUCAGAAUCAGAAUCAUCAUCAGAGGACUGCCUCAAUUCGUCUCCUGCCGUAAAUCUCCACCGCCGAAGGUUGUCUAUGGACACGGAUUUGUCGUCUUCCUCUUCUGCUACAUUGGAAUCUUCCGUGAAACGGAGCACCGUGGGAGAAAAUGACAAGCGUUUUUUAGGAAAUUUGGGAACAAGUGAGAGUGAUGCCGAUGCAACUGACUCAGGAAGCAGCCUAAUCGACCCAAUUCCUAUGAAAGGGGAAGACUUUGAAGUGAUUGACUCGUGUAUUGAUACGGAAGAGAGUAUGAAUGUGAAUGAUUCGGGUCGGGUUGACCCGUUUACAGCAACCACCUUGAAUGAUGAGCGAGGUGAGGGUAAUGUCGAACCGGAACAUACUUCUACGGAUUGGUCCUUGAUCGGACUAGUGACCAGGUCAAUCGAAUUUCAAGUUAGUUUGAUGAUUAGCUUUAUAAGGCUUCCUCCAUUGUUAAUUCAUAGCUGCUUGAGCUUUGUUUCCGAUCCCCAUGGAACAAUGAGGCGUGGUAGACGCUAUUUAGUAUCGUGGAUUGUAGAGUUAUGUGAUUUUGGGUUAAAAGAUGAUAAGCCUGUGUUGGAGGUUGCGCUUAGGUUUGCUUGGGGUUUUUUGUGGGCUGUUUAUGUGGGGAUCAUGUUGUUCGCCUUGUUGGUUUCUGCGUUUAUGAUUAGCGGUUUUGUGAUAACCCAUUUGGCUCAUGAACCACUUGUAAUCAGAGAAGGCUUGAAUUUUGAUUACACUAAGAGUAGUCCAGAAGCGUAUGUGCCCAUAAGUUCAUGUGCUGGUAUGGCCUGUGAUUCGAGUUGCAAGGAAAGUAUCGAAACCGAGAAGAUCAGAGGCUUGAAGGACAGGACAAUAAUCACUGUCUCAAUUACAUUGCCUGAGUCUGAGUACAAUAGAAAUCUUGGGAUGUUUCAGCUUCGGGUGGACUUCUUAUCCGCGAGUGGUCAAAUUCUUGCUAGUUCAAGGCGGCCGUGUAUGAUAAGAUUCAGAAGUGAGCCUAUACGUCUUGUCCAGACUUUACUAAAGAUUGCUCCGCUUGUCACGGGCUACGUCUCUGAAAUCCAAACCUUGAACUUGAAUCUCAAAGGGUUUGUCGAAAAGGACAUAAUUCCUACUGCUUGCUUAAAGAUAAUGAUUGAACAACGGGCAGAGUUUCGUCCUGGAGCAGGUAUUCCAGAGAUUUACGAUGCAUCUCUGUUGCUUGAAUCUGAACUUCCUUUCUUUAAAAGGAUCAUAUGGAACUGGAGGAGAACUUUAUUUGUCUGGAUCAGCAUGAUUUUGUUCAUCAUGGAAUUGCUUUUCGCCUUGGUUUGCUUCAGACCGCUGAUCAUCCCAAGAACAAGCCAGAGAACACAACAAAGAGAUUGAACACAUUCCAUCAACAAGAACUCAAAUCUUGACGAUCAAGCAGGAUGUAGAUGAAUCAGUGGUUUACUGGUUCUUGUAACGGAAGAUCGGUAACUCGUUUAUGAGAAGAUCCUGUCUUGGAGAAAUCAGGCUCUGCAUUCUGUAUAGACGGUAACAUUUUAUGAAUCAAGGCC